CCGGUCCCCGCUCUUCCCCGGUGCGACGUGUCACCAUGGAGGCAGAGCCCGUGGGUCAGAAGCCCCCUCGGAGGAGACGGGGCAGGGCCAGUGCCGGGGCCCGCGCCAGCCGCUCGCCCCCGGCGGACAGCACCCCCGGCGUGGCCGACUCGGCCGCCUCCUGCAGCCGGUACCCUCUGAGACGAGGCAGCUCUUUCACAUUUCUGACUCCGGGACCACACUGGGACUUCACCCUGAAGAGGAAGCGUCGAGAGAAAGAUGAUGAUGCAGUCAGUCUUUGCAGCCUUGACUUUAAGGCUAACUGUGGGCUUUGA